ACUUUGUCUCUGUCUGCAGCAGUAUGUCGUGCUCGGUGUGGGUGCAGCUCCCUUGUCUGCUUCCCCUCAAUAUGACCAGUCAUUUCCCUGAAGCUGCAUGGUGUUAACUUCCUGUCUGCACAAUAUUCGCUCUUGAGAAGAUAAAUUUUAAAAAGGGGGGAAAAUUAGUUCCAGGGAAGAGGGGGGGCAAGACAGAAAGACCUACAGAGAGAAAGGGAGAAAGAAAAUAGUAGAAUGAGAGGAAGAGAGAGAAGGAGUGACAAAGAGAGAAAGGGGAAACAGAGAGCGAGAGAGAGCAAGAGAGAGGGGGGGGGGUAGGAUAGAGUGAAAUGUUCUGCGAUUGAAGGAGAGUGAGCAUGAGAGGGAGAGAGACUAGAAGACUAAACCUUUUUGACAGCCAGUAUUUUGUGGACUGGUCAGGAUACACCAUUGAACAGAUUACCGGUGUCCCCUGAAGGAGCAGGAGGCAAAAAGCAUGGAGGUGGAGGGGUGAGUAAGAAAACAAGAGGCUAGAGACAAAAUGGCUACAGUCUCCACUGGUUCUGAAUUUGGUACCGGUAGGUGAGUUUACUUCUGGAGCUCUGCUCCUCUAUGUUUCGCUACAGAUAAUUAUCUGCACUCUUCCAUGGACAAUCCCAACGGCAGCUACUGUCAGUUAUAGCUCUCUCUUCUCUGGCCAUCUGACAGCAUAGACAUUAAAACAGGACAAUAUCUAUCACUCACUACCUUCCUGCCUUGGAGAGCUCAAAUGGAGAGUCCAAACAUCUGCCAGUCGUUGUCGUCUCCGACAGUUGAACCCAUCUGUCAUCUCCCGGAGCGUAGGCUUUUGUUGCUGGGGGGACCAGGAGCUGGGAAGAGCACCACAGGGAAUGCCAUCCUAGGUGAGGAGAUCUUCCAGACUGGGACAGAGACUGUCCACAGCACCGUUGGCCACGGGGGGGUCUGCAGGAGGCGUAUCACUGUGGUUGACACCCCAGGCUGGAUUAUACCCCAUGACUCAGCGGAUGAUAACACAGGGGCCCCGCCAGAGCGGGCUAGCAAGGAGGGACCCUGUGUCGGUGCCACCCUCUGUCCCCCAGGGCCCCACGCUCUCCUGCUGGUGGUCCCCGUGUCACAGCCCUUCACAGAGAGCCACAGGAAGGCAGCAGAGAAGCAGCUGGGUCAUCUAGGAGGAGGGGCCUGGAGGUCCACCAUGGUGCUCUUCACCGGGGUCGACAAGCUACCGGAGGGGACGUUCGUAGAGGAGUUCAUUGCAGCUGGGGAGCCCCUUCAGUGGCUGGUGGAGAGGUGUGGUAACAGAUACCAUGGCCUGGAUAGUAACACACAGCAGAGUGGGGAUGACAACACGGUGAACACACAAGUUCAGGAGCUGCUGGAGAAGGUAGAGGAGCAGGUUAAGGAAAACCAUGGCUGGUAUUUUGCAGUAAACGAACUGAUUCUCCUAGAGGAGGAGCAAGCAAGGAAGGCGGUGGAAGAGAGGCGGGUGAGAGAGGAGCGGGAGGAAAGGGAGAGGCAGAGACUGCGGAUGGUCGGAGGGCCUCCCAGAGAGCUGAGGGUCCUCUUGUUGGGCUGGAAAGGAGUGGGAAAAAGUUCUGUAGGGAACACCAUCCUGGGCCGGCGGGACUUUGAGUCUGGAACAGAGACGGAGCAGAGCCUUAGGAGGCAGGCUGAGGUGGCCGGACGCAGGGUCACUAUCGUUGACACCCCUGGCUGGGACUGGUUCUCCGUCAGACGUACCCCGAAACACGUGAGACAGGAGUCGAAGCGAGGUGCCACCCUCCUCCGGCCUGGCCCCCACACCCUUCUCCUGGUGCUGCCAAUCAUCUCCACCCUCACUUCACGCAAGAGGCGGACCCUGGAGGCCCACCUGGAGGGCCUGUUUGGUGAUAGGGCGUGUCUCCACACCAUGGUGCUGUUCAGCUGCGGGGAUUGGCUAGGCCGAACGCCCGUCGAGGAGCACAUUCAGAAGGGAGGGCGGGAGCUCCACAGGUUGUUGGAAUACUGUGGGAACUAUUAUCACGUGGUGGACAGCAAGAUGCCGGGGAAGGACACAAGGAACAUCUCAGAUCUGCUGGACAAAAUAGAGGAAAUGAUCAGAGAGAAUGGUGAUGAGGCCUUCUUGCCAAUACAGAUGGAUGAAGAAAGCCCUGAGUCAUCUGAGAACAACAGCCCUGAAGAGGACUGUAGCAGAGGAUGCCAGCUCCAGUAGUGACAAGGGAGAGAGUGGCCAAGAGCACAUGCUUACACACUGUAAGGUGGACAUGCUCUCACACUCCAAGCCAAAACAUUCACAUUUCAAAGUGGCCUGGUGUAUAAUUACACUGGAAAUUAAAUGAAAUAACACAUACAAUGCCUUCAGAAAGUAUUCACACCCCUUGACUUUUUCAAUGGAAAAAGUCAAGUGGUGUGAAUACAUUCUGAAGGGACUGAACAUGUAUUCAAAGUAGUUUGGUCAUUCUUGAAUUGCUGUGGCAUUUGCGUCCCUCGCCUUUGCAACCAUGAAAAACACUUUAAAAGGACAAAUAAUUGCACAUCAUUCAUGUUUUUGUUUACAUUGAACUGUUUAUCAAUGAUACAACAUAAUGCAAGUCCUUUAUACUGCAAAACUGUAUGCAGUACUUAAUGCAAGCACAUUGUAGUGACAUAUUUUGGGCAUUAAGAGAUAUCUAUCUACCAUUUUGAAUGCUAGAAAGUAACAAAAUAUUGUAUAGUUCAAUGAAAACAAAUAAAGACUAUUAAAAAGAAGGCAAAUGUAUAUAAUACAAAUAUCUAUUUACCAAAACAUAUAUGGGGGAUUGGAAAUUAUGCUUAGAAUUACAUUGAUAAAAGUCACAAUCUCUCAAUCUCUUAAUUGCCAAUUAAUAACAACAAUUCAAACAAGGGUGACACUUUAUUUGAAGGUACACAUAUGAGCCACUCAUUUAUAUCUUAUAAGUAUGUAUAUAAGUAGCUUAUAAGGCCUUUAUUAUGUGUUAUUAGCCAUUUAUUAGGCCUUAAUUAAGUUUAUUUGUUAUGCAAACAUUAUAAUGCAUGUAAUAAUAACCUCAUUAUUAGCUAUAAUAAAGUCAUAUUUAUUGUUAAUAAAUAUCAAGUAACACAAGAAACUAUCUCAAGCUGGGAUAGCACCUCAAUACUUGUUCCCUAUUCUGAAGUGUGAUUAUAUUUUUACUUGCUGAUUUUUUCCCCCUGUUAUUGACCUCAUUGGACAGAAAGGGGCACACCUCCCUCAUAUAUACCAUACAGCCAACAUUCAAGAUAAAUUUUUAUGUAAUCAAUUAGCAACUAAACGUCUAUAUAUACUUCCAUCCAUGUUGGCUAUUUGGCAUAUAAUGUGGCAUAUUUACUAUGACUGUGAUAUGGGGUUGCCUCACCUGAUGUGGUUGCCUCUAUUGAAAUGUAAAUGAAGUGCAAUUAUAUUGUGAGCUAAAUUAUUCAUCAUGUCACUUUAGUCAAUUAUUUUUAAAGGGUUAAAUACGUAAUAUUUGACCUUCUAUGGCCUCCAUUUAAGAAAAUCCUAGUUGACCUAAAAUGUGUCAUUAGUGUUACCAUCAUUGGUGUUACCAUCAUUGGCGUUAUUACUCCUACUGUGGCACAAUUCUUUCAUAACGGUAGAAAUGAUUUAAAGUCAUUAAGCUGCCCUUUUAGUUGAUUUGAAAUGGGAAGAUGUACCCAAAUACAUUUAAAUAUUUAAAAUCUAGAGAAUGGACGUUUCCAAAAUCCCCAAAUGCCACUGCAAUUCAAGAACGACCCAGUUGUCAUUGUUUCCCUCAAGGUGUUAUGGUAAUUGAAAAUGCAACUACGCAUUAUGAAUACAUUGUCUUAUAAAUGCAUGUUGUGGUGAGCAUCCUAAAGAUAAACGGCACUCUUAAAAUAAUCACAUCAAUCUUAUCAUUUUAUCAGGCUUUGGUUUGUGUCGUCAGAACAAACCAAACUAAAUUGGAAUGUAGUAAUGGAUGUUCUGUAACAGCACUGCCGUGUAUUAUUGAAAUCUAACAUUGACUUUGUAUUUUAAAUAUCGCAACUCUGACACGUAUAAAUGCUUUACUGACUGUUUUAUCUAGUAGUGCAUUGCAGUACACAUAUUAAAAAAUACAUGCACAUGAUGUUAUGUGAAUGUUCAAUUGCACUGAAAUCCGUGAAAACAUGUACAUUAAAGCAUUUUGCACUGGA